AUGAAGCCCAAUUUUGUCAUACCAGUGUGUUUUCUCUUAAGCCAAGCCUUGGCCGAACGCCACCCCCUUGUUGCAUCCCUUGGUGCUCUCCGGGUAUUGCACUACAACAACCUUGGCCCUCAGAACAAUGGCACUUCAGCCGUUUUAGCACACGAUCACUCGACCUAUAUCGAUGCCGUUGCAAAAUGCACUGCCAUUGGCGAGAAGCUGCUCCCGUGGUCUUCAAGGCGAAACAGCAAUCACUCCGAACUCGAUUAUGAACUAGACUAUCUCGUCUUUGCGAACGAGCUAGAAGCCGAUGAUAAUUUGUGGAUAUCCGUAGAACAAGAAGAGGGUAAGGGAUGUUUCGCUCUCUCGAUAUCCCAUCGCAAGGUCGUACCGAAAUCAUGCAAAGAUGAGCUGCCAGCCCUCUGUACCUCAACUCCGCCGGUCACAACUGAUCUCGACCGAGCCGCAAGGGAAACCACAAAGUUGUCUGUGAUAUCCAACGGUUAUACCUUGACCGGAUAUCGAGAUGCACGAUCGUUCCGCUUCCUCGGCGUCCCCUUUGCAAGUCCCCCAAUCGAUGACUUGCGAUUUGCUCCACCGCGAUCCUACACAGGAUCGAAGAACAUCGAUGCGACUAGCAUGGGAGACUCAUGUAUCCAAUCCUCUUCAAGCUUGAGCAAUCAGCCUCUGGGUGGAAUGUCCGAGAACUGCCUAUAUUUGAACGUCUUCACCCCAUUCCUGCCUCACAAUGUCACCACGAAGACCACGCUCCGCCCCGUGGCUGUUUACCUGUACGGGGGCGCUUUCACGGGAGGCACCGCAGCCAUGAUUGAGUAUGACGGGGGGAACUUCGCCAGUCGCAGCGAUGUGGUCGUCGUCACGCUCAACUAUCGGCUCGGAGCAUUGGGCUUUCUGUCGACGGGGAGCCUGACAACCGGGAGCUACGGUACUCAAGACCAGAUCAUGGCAUUGGAAUGGGUACAAGAUCAUAUUUCGGCCUUGGGAGGUGAUCCCUCGCGUGUUACUAUCUUCGGGGUAUCUUCUGGUGGUCAAAGCGUCAUAGCUUUACUCUCUUCCACCGCAGCCAAGGGUCUUUUCUCCGGCGCGCUGGUGCAAUCAGCAAGUCUCGACAGCCCAUGGUUCCCUCGCGGACUUUACUCCAAGUACAUCGCCCCGGAAGUCGGAAAGGCAGUUGGCUGUGACGGAAACGCUUCCGAAACCAGUUUCCUCAAGUGCCUUCGCUCCGUCCCGGCUUCAAUGUAUCUCGAUAACUCAACCGCUUUUCAAACUGCUACAAAGGCCAUCGCAUCCAGCAUGGCAGAGCACUUCUACCAUAGUACAGGACUUAUAUUUGCGGCUGAGCCAUUCAGGCCGAUGGUAGACGACACCGGAUCUGGCGUAGUCGAUGAUCAAUUCAACACCCUCCUAGCCAACAACAGCCUCCCCAUCCACGUCCCGACCAUGUUCACCACUGUCCACGACGAGGCAGAUCUCUACAUGGACCUCUUCAACUUGAUUCAGGGCCCACUUUCUGACUUGCUUAAUUUCACACUCGGUGACACCCUCGCGCAGAAGAUAAUCUCGUCUGGCAUUUACGACGUCAAUACUUCGGACCGCAAUGCCGUUCUGAACGCUGUUUCCGAUUCUGUGACGCACAGCCAGUGGUUUUGUCCGCAGGGUUAUCUUCUCGAUAAUUUUAAUUCCGCAUUCCCAUCCCUAUACGAAAUUCAAAUAGCAGAUGGUCAUGCACAGACAACACGUAUGCCGGAUAUCUGUUAUCCGAAUGAUGUAUACAACGCUUCCUGCCAUGCAUCGGAUACCUUGCUAGCGUGGGGUACAUUGAAUACCAAGACAGAAGAUGUGUAUCCGUACUACGAUGACCGGGAUAUUCUUCACUCGCAGCUGAUCCAUGAUGUAUUUGGGGCAUUCUUCCGCGAGAGAAACCCCAAUCCGGAUUUGGUGUUCUUGAAAACCCGAGGUCCUGCGUAUGCAAGCACUCUUUCGAUAUUUGGCGGGGAGGUUGGUUCAAAUUCCUUGCUUGAGAGUACUGAGAGAGGGCUUGUCAUUGAGCAGUAUGAGCCAGAGCGUAAUAUGACGCUUCUGGGAAUGCCGCCAUCUACUACGAUCAAUUUUGAGGACAAGGAUAUUUGUGCGGUGCAGCGCGAGUAUGGGUUUACUUUCCAAACAGCGGCACUGUCAGAUUAA